AUGGUGAGGGAAUUGAAAUUCUUGGUUAUAAGUUGCAUGUACCUCUAUGGGAGUUUUACCGUUGUAUUUAUAGGCAUCUUGAUUGGAGGUGGCCAGAGCUGGUCCAUGGACCUCUUUCCAGCUUUGUCUGCAGGACGUACCUGGCAAAUCCUGGCUCUGUUCCAGGUUUGUAGUUCUAGUAAUGCUGAGGUCCUUAGGUCUAUCCUCCUUAUCACACCAUCUGCAAUCAAUCGUCGCCUUUGUACUCAUUCUGGUGUUUUGAAAUACAUUGCUACCAAACCUUCUCACCCCCAUGUCCGCUCUUCCUUGUGCUUCGCCAAGGAUCAAGUCAACCUACCCUCUGCACAUGUAGGAUACAUCCCUGACGAGUUUAAAUUGCUGAGGGUAUGUCACAUUCAGCCCAUUAGUUUUCCCCGAUUUCCCAGUGAGAUAGAACAAUUAGUUCAUCUCACUUACGUAGCCUUCUCCGGUGACUUCAAAACUAUUCCUGCUGCCGUGUCCAACCUUUGGAACCUACAAACUCUUAUUGCCGAAACAUCCUCACGCACCACCGGCACCAUUGACAUUAAAGCAGACAUUUGGAAAAUGUUGAAGUUGAGGCACCUGCAUACAAACAAGCCCAGUCAGUUGCACGACCCUAUAGCCAAAAAAACUGAGGAUCAUGAUAGCCUACAAACCCUUACCACCAUCACGCCCCAGAGUUGUACUGAGGGUGUCUUAGGCCGGACUCCAUGCCUAAAGAAGCUUGGAAUCCGUGGGAAACUAGCCACCCUCCUUGAGGAGAAGGGAGGGUCUCUUUUUGAUAACCUUACCACGUUAGAACAACUUGUGACAUUGAAGUUGUUGAAUGACGUAUUCCCUGAGCCUCCUUCUGAAUUUAAACUCCAGAGACUUCCCCAGUGCUACAAAUUUCCACCAAACUUGAAAAGGCUAACCUUGGCUGAUACCUUUCUUGAGUGGGAGCAAAUGCAUGUGCUGGGGAUGUUGCCAAAACUUGAGGAGCUCAAGUUAAAGGACAACGCGUUCACAGGGGUAAGGUGGAGUCUAGUCGACGGGCAUUUCCAGAAACUCAAAGCUUUGCAAAUUUGGAAGACAGAUCUGGUGUACUUGGUGGCCAAAGCUCAUCAUUUCCCAAGCCUUCAGCACAUUGUUCUUGAGGACUGCACCAAGCUAUGGGAGAUCCCUUCUAGUUUGGGCAAUGUAAAAACACUCCAGACAAUCAAGCUUCAUCAAACAUCACGUACCGCUGCAGAUUCUGCCUGGAAAAUCAAACAGCAGCAGCAAGAAAGCAAGCUUAAGCUUGAUAUCUUCCCAUCGGAUCUUUGACAGGGCUCAUCUCCAGGUGAUAAUUCAGAUGGCAAUUGAUGAUUUGCAGCACCUUUGGAACCCACCUGUUGGACCUCUAGGGCAUCAUUUGUCUCGUAUUUGUGUUUAAUGAAGUAUUAUUGUUUGUUUUGUAGUAUAAGUUGUUGUAUUUGAAUAAAUGGUGGAUGUGUGGAUCCCACUGACACGUAUGGUCGUUCAUUUGAACUCUUGCAU